AUGGUUCUUGCGCGAUAUGGAGACUCUACCGCCUCUGAAGAUGCUAAGCUCCUUGGAGAGAGCAUCCAAAUGCCCUUUUCGGGUCGAGUGGCCAAGUCUCGCUUUCUGAAAGGAGAGAACUCUCUUAAAGCUAUGAGCGAACGCAUGGCAUCCUGGGACCCACAAGAUCUAUCCAAGCGAGGCAUCCCCUCUGACGACCUUGUGGGCCUGUAUGAGAGGUGGGGCCAGGCCGGGUACGGAAUUAUUCUUACCGGGAAUGUUAUGGUGCACCCCGAGCAGCUCGAAGCCCCCGGAAACCCUAUAUUAUACGCGCCCCACGAGACUCCAGAACGCAUGGAGCAAUUCCGGAAAAUGGCGGCCGCAGGAAAAGCGGACGGUAGCCUAAUGAUUAUGCAGGUAUCCCAUCCUGGCCGCCAGGUAGCGGCUUUGGUGAAUCCCAACCCUGUCGGAGCAAGUGAUAUACAAUUAGCCGAUCGUAUGGGCAUGUCUUUCGGAAAACCUACGCCCUUGGAUAAGUCGGGCAUCCGCGAGAUUGUCAACCAGUUUGCUUACACAGCCGAGGCUGCUUAUCGUACCGGAUUUGACGGGGUCCAAUUGCACGGAGCUCACGGAUACCUUAUCGCUCAAUUCUUGUCUCAAACCACCAAUAACCGCACCGAUGAGUAUGGAGGAUCUAUUGAAAACCGUUCUCGUAUCAUCAAGGAGAUAACUGAAGCAAUCCGCGUGAAGGUUCCAGACAGGAAGUUUGUGAUUGGAAUUAAGGUCAACAGUGUCGAAUUUCAGGCGAAAGGAUUCCAGCCCGAAGAGGCCGCCGAGUUAUGCAAGCAGUUGGAAGCAAUGGAAAUCGAUUUUAUUGAGCUCAGCGGGGGCACCUAUGAAGAGUUCGGAUUCAAGCACAGCGAUACGGGUCCGAGGGAGAGUACAUUAAAACGCGAAGCGUUCUUCACUGUGUUUGCCCAACAAAUUACUCCACGACUUCACAAAACCGUCGUUUAUGUUACCGGCGGAUUCCGAUCUACGUCUGCAAUGGCCGAGGCGGUUCGACUGGGUACAUGCGCAGGAGUUGGACUCGGUCGCCCGGCCGGGUCAGACCCGUUGCUGCCUAACGAUAUCAUCCAGAGGAAUGUCACAGGGGCGACAGAUAUGAAGAUUCCGCCUCAUGAGUUUGGUCUGGGCUUGUUGGCUACCGGAGUUCAAAUGGAGGCGAUCGCUCGGGGAAAGCCUGUGAUUGACCUGUCUGACCCCAAGGAGCUUACCCGUUUUACAGAGGCCGCGCAAAGUUACCACCAGCAAAAAGCGGAGGAUAUGAAAAAAGGUGUAUUUGAUCCAAGAUUCUUCUACCUCCCGUCGGCAAACCGAGAGUUAAAUUUGCUUUGA